AUGUAUCAAUUGCAGAUACGCAAUCGUGGUAAUGAACUGUAUUGUGUUGAUCAUGAGGUCGGUCGAAAUGCUGUUAAUGAUCCGGUUAUACCUUAUAGAUGCCAUAAGAUGGGUGGCAAUCAGUUUUGGUUGUUGGACAAAGAAGGUGAAAUAAGACGCGAUGAAUACUGUCUCGAUUACACGGGUCGUGGACCACCGGUCACUUAUGAAUGCCACGGUUCAAAAGGCAACCAGCUUUGGCAAUACAAUCACGAGGUUUUAUAA